AUGGCAAACGAAGGGCGUAUCGCUACUCUGGAUUCAACCAUCGCCGAUAGGCUUCCUGCCUUCUCAAAGACACUCUUUGACGGGAAGGCCGCCAAGGACUUGAGCUUUGAGGCAAUUGCAAAGCAUUUGGGCCGUAGCGAGGUUGCAGUAGCAGCAUUGUUCUACGGACAGGCCACCGCCUCGUCUGAGGAUGUUGAGAAACUAUCAGAGAUCCUUGACCUUCCCAAAGAGGCGUUGGCUGCUCAACUAACAGGCUUCCCUAACCGUGGCCAGGCUGGACCCAUGCCCCCAACUGAGCCUCUCAUCUACCGCUUAUAUGAGAUCGUUCAGAACUAUGGCUAUGCUUACAAGGCCAUCCUCAAUGAGAAGUUUGGAGAUGGGAUCAUGAGUGCCAUUUGUUUCUCGACCACGGUGGACAAGGAGGUGGACGAGGCAGGCUCACCAUGGGUUGUUAUCACAUUGAAGGGCAAAUGGCUUCCUUUCAGUCGCUUUUAG